UCUGUCUUCAUUGGCCGAGGGGGACAAAAUUGCUCCGCCUUCAGAAGAAACGCACCAGCCAUUCUCAUUACCGAUGCAGCCAUCCACUGGACGGCGGCUCGCUUACUUUGAAGAUCCCCUUGUGAUCUCAUACACUCGAGGUACGGUCCAGUUGAUGUGUAACUGCUGAAGAGACGGCGAGGGAGAGAGAGAGAAAGAGAGCAAGCUGUACACUGGAGCGGUGAGAGUCCGAUGUUAUACGUAUCGCGGCCGUCUUUUGGAAAUAUCUACACCUUUUCUCAUUUUGGCUAAACUUAUUAUAUAACUCAAAUGUGUUCAUGUAUUUCGCUCACAUUUCGAUUGAUGUGGCUUUUGUGAAUUAGAACGCCUGGAAGAACAAUUCUGGAAUCGGUACCAUGAGUAAAGAAGAGCCGACCGUCAACUUCUGUUUGAUGAAAUUGGAUGGUGAAUAGGCAACAUACUUUCUCUCCCGGAUUAUAAACUACGCUAUACACUGAGCAGGGAUAAUUACACCAUUUAUUUUCUCGGGACUGUAACAAAACACUGCCCUUCUCAAACAUAUUUUCGUUUCCAUUUCCGAUGAAAGAUUCCCCUACUGGAGCAAUUACGCACGAGAUACACAGCCAGACCUCGGAGCCCUGUGACGAUAGUGAUAACUGCAGUUCGCCAACGGGCGCGUUAGUUUGUUCACCAACUCCUUUGGAUCCUAUUCGCCAGGCAAAGCGGCUCCCUAUCCGGAUACUCAAGAUGUUGACGGCGCACACCGGCCACUUGCUCCACCACCCGGACUACCUGCAGCCCUUACAAUCUGCACCAGUGAACAUUGAGCUGGAUGCUAAGAAGAGUCCCCUGGCCCUGCUGGCUCAGACCUGCUCCCAGAUCGGCAAGCCUGACCCUCCUCCCUCCUCCAAGCUAGGCUCCAUCCCCUCCAACGGCCAUGGUGAUAAGGACCAUAAUGGACGCUCCUCUUCCUCCUCCUCCAGUCACAAACUUGGGGACCACCGGCCCAUAAAGGACGACAAGUCCAGCUUCAAGCCCUAUAACAAAGUAGGGGGAGACAGUCGGAGGGAUCUGGUUAGUAGCGCUAAUAACAGCUCUGAUAAAGCUGGGUUCAGGGUACCUAGUAAUGGGAAUGGAUGUGCUAACAGUAACUCAUCAGGUUCUUGUCCAUCCUUUCCACCACAUGCCAUAUCUCCCAACUCCAGGGUGGGUAGUGGCACGCCCCCUCAGCACACACAGCAGCCAUCGUCCCAGACACACAGACAGAGCCAGUCGCCACAUGGACAACGGAAUUCCCGCUCUCAGACUCUGAAUGGAGAACACAAACAGGAACAGGCCAGUCCACACAGGAACAGUAACAGUAGCAGCGGCGGCCAUCUUAAAAAGGAGUCAGAUGUGAAUAAGGUUCAUUUGGACAGUCCCCAGCUGGCUAACUCCAGCCACGCCAGAGCCAGCACCAACUCCAGCACAGGCAGCUCUGAGGGAAGCCCCAGCCACGAGGGGCCCAAGGCGGACUCCCAACCACCACAGCCUGUCCUGGGCCCUGGACAUAUCGCUCCCAUCUCCCCCUACAAGACUGGCCACUCUGUCUUCCCCAUGUCAUCCUCUGGAAUGGGCUACCAUGGCUCUGUAGUGGGUUCCUACGCUGGAUAUCCCUCCCAGUUUGUCCCAGGUUUGGACCCUAACAAGUCUGGUCUGGGAGGUGGGGGUGUGGGGGUGAAGCACUCCACUGGUGCCUCUCCCCCCUCCUUCAUGCAGGGCUUUUGCAGGGACCCUUACUGCCUCAGCUACCCCAACGCGCCCCACCUGGGGAGCAGCAACCCCUGCAUCCACGACCCCUCGUCUGCCCUCAAAACAGGCUACCCAGGCUUGGUCUACACCUCCCACCCCCUCCACUCCCUCCACCCCAGCACUAUGUCUUCCAGCAUCACCCCCACCCUGUCUCACCCCCUCUACACCUACGGUUUCAUGCUCUCCAAUGACCCCAUGCCUCAUGCCUGUAACUGGGUGUCGGCUGCGGGGCCCUGUGAUAAACGCUUCUCCACCUCAGAUGAGCUGCUGGCCCACCUGCGCACGCACACCUCCUUACCCGGAGGGAUGGACAGUAAGCUCCUCUCUGCCUACCCCUCUGUCUCCUCCUCCUCUGUUGCCUCCUGCCAACUCCACCUCCCCCAUCAAAGCCAGGCUUCCCUGCAGAACUCCUUCUCCCUUAGGGCUCCUCAUACCCUGGGUCUGGCCCGGUACCACCCCUAUGGUAAGGUCCACCUGCCCCCUGGACCUACCUCCAUCCCCCUGCACUCCCUCCAGGCUGGUUCUCCUUACUACCCCCACUACGCCCUUUAUAGCCAGAGACUCGGCUCAGCGUCUGCCUUGGGCUACCAGUGAUCACUCAUCUCCAUCCAUCCACACAGUCUAUUACAGUGUUUCUCCUAGCAUUACUAAGCCAAGGCGGCCCCCCCACUCCCUCCCGCCUAGCUCUGCUGCCCCCUGCCUAAAACUGCUGGGAACUCUGUGGAUCCAAUUAGUUGUAAUAGGAAGGUUAUGGUAGCCCUGGAUGAAGGUGUUUCAGGGGCCUCUGUGGGCAGGAUGUUCCACCUAUAUGGGGGAAUCACUGCAAUUCCAUACCAAACCAGGAUCCUAUGGAGGAGUCAGAGAAGGGGCUGGAUGCUUGCAUGUCUGUACACUGCUAGGAUACUGCUCUCAUGAACAAGUAGAUUGGACUGGACUAGUGGACAUGGUACCAUGCUAGGUUGUAACAGCACCACAAACUGAGCUGGUUGAUAGCUGGCUGAUAGCUGUUGGUAGGAUGCUGUAUAACACCUCAUGGAUCUCCUGACGUCAAGCUGGGAAUGGUGAUUGCAGUGGCGAGGGGACAGUGAUGGCAGCCUUCAGCAUGGUGGGGAGACUGGAGGAAGACUGGGGGGAAACAGGGGGGAGAGCCGGAUGCAUGCUAGCUUGACCUUGAGUGUGUGCGUUUAGCUCAGUUCUGGUUUUGAGAUUUGUUUCUGUUUCAUACAUUUGCUUCUUCUCUGAUUGAAAAGAUACAUUUUAUUUAUUUUUUAACUGAGUGCUUUGGCUUUCAGGUUUAUUAUCCAAAUAAAUUAUUUUAAAAUGUUCUUACUUUUCUUAUUAUAUGUCAGUAAUACAGUUCAUUUUAUCCAGGGUUGGGGUCAAUUCCAUUUCAAUUCCAAUCAAUUCAGAAAGUGAAACAAAUUAUAAUUGAAAAGCAUUGAAGAGAAUUGGAAUUUCAGUGCACUCCUUGAAUUGACUGAAAUUGAAGUGGAAUUGACCCAAAACCUGUUUUUUUUUGUUUUUUUUUUAUCUGUUAUGAACAAGAAAUGUUUCAACAUGGUAAAACACAUUUGCAAACUUCACAAGAAUGUAUAUUUUCUCUUUGCAAAAAAAACACUUUUUUUCUCCUUUCCUUCUCUGAAUGAAUGGCUUCUUAAUUGUUGUUUGUAUAGCAGAUUAAUAGUGAUAUUUUUGGUUAAAUAUUUGGGUGAAUGACCUGGGUAAGGGAGGGAUACAAACCCAAAUACCGGAGAAACAUGUUCUGUGGUGAUGGCAGAGCUAUCUGGUUUAAAGGGGAGGUCAUAUUUUGUUGAAUAAAUGAUAAUGAAUAUA